AUGUCGCAUCCGUGGUCUUACUUUACUUCCUCUGGUUAUUAUCAGUAUCCUUAUUAUGGGGCCUUCGGAUAUAACGCUCCUACAUACGCUGAAAAUGGAUCUCAACAAGCCACUGAUGGUUCAGGAACUGCUACUCAACUACCACAACCACCUGGAUCACAAGGUGAUGGUAGUGCUCCAUCAAAUGCGUUGCCAGCGUCAACUCUCUCUUCUCAGUAUACAUAUGGCGCUUACAAUGCUUAUUUUCAGUACCCUAUGGGAAUUUAUUCUGGAGAUCCGGCGGUGGAUGCUGCGCAGCGAUGGAAUGCCGUAAAUUUAGAUGGUGUGAGUUCUGCCGACUCCAGAGCUGUGGCGGGAAAUAACAACGCUUCUACUACUGGUAAUGCUUCAAAUCUUCUUGAAUCGGGGGAAGGUGAGAGUAAAUGGAGUCCCGAGUUGAAGAGCUACGUACAAAAAGCUUUCCUCAGUACAGAGACACGCAUUGAGAAGGAUCAAAUGGAAAGGAUACUUCGACAGAAGAUUGAAUACGUUUUCCGGAAUAACGUUUCGGUCGACUGGACCAAGGAACCCAUCCCGGCCUUACCCACUAAAUGUCUCGCGCCAGUUACUCAGCCUCCGGUAAAAUCAUCAGUCAAUGUGGUGCGUCCAGUUCCACUUCAACCAUGGCGGACACGGAGCCGAAAUGCUGGAGCCUUACCGACUGGUACUUUGGCUCGAACUCAACAGGCACCGGUCAUUUCUGGCAAAGCCGAUGUUGAAAAGUCUAAUGUGGUACCUUCACCCCUUAGUUCUAAUAAUCGCGCGACAGAAUCACUACCAGCACCAGAACUUGCUGAACCUACAAAACGAAAAAGAACAAAUUCCGAAGGAUCGGAAGCAUCACCGAUCUCAGGUUCACCAAACAUCAGACGCGGUCGCAACAAAAAACGCAUCGGCGGUCGGAAGAAGCCAUCCCCUAAGAGAGCUUCACCGUCUCCUGCUGGACGUGGAGGAAAGCGCGGUGGGGCUAGCGUUUCGCGAGGUCGCGGUGGCAAGGCGGCUAGUCAGCAAAAACGAUGGAUUGCUCCAGACACCUCUCAUCACCGUCUGAGUCAACGCGCUGAUCGUUUUAAGGACCACUUAGGUGCUGGCUCAAUAGCCAAAUCAACUAGGCAGCUAAGUCUACUUAGUAGUGCUACGGACUCGGAUCUUUUGUCGGAGAGGUUGGAGCAAUUUAACAUCGUCGGUACUAUGCAGGAACUUGAGAAACCCUAUUUGCGUCUUACUACAGCUCCUGAUCCGGCUAACGUGAGACCUCCAGACGUUUUGAAGAAGGCUGUUGCUCAUGUUAAGCAGAGGUGGAAGGAGCGCGGUGAUUAUCUUUGGGUGUGCGAACAACUCAAGAGCAUUCGGCAGGACCUCACAGUACAACGUAUUCAAACGGAGCUCACGGCUGAAGUCUACGAGGCUCAUGCUGACAUCGCCCUUGAGGCUGGCGAUUCGCAGGAAUUUCAUCAGUGUCAAUCACAACUAUCUCUUCUGCAUGCUGAAGGUCUCGGCUCAUCUCGUCGUGCGGAAUUUACAGCCUAUCGCCUUCUCUACUACAUAUUUACUCAGGAUUUACUGGCUAUUAGCACGCUUCUUGCGUCAUUGACGGAUUCACACAAAGUCGAUCCCUUCAUACAGUUUGCUCUAAAGGUUCGGGAGGCUUGGGCUCUUCGUAAUUAUAAGCGAUUUUUCUAUCUCGCCUGUCACUCAGACGCUGUUGUCCCGUUUGAGACGAAAACGAGCAAGAUGCGUGGUUGUCGGCAGAUCCUUUCCUGGUCUCUUGAUCGGGAGCGCAAAUUCGCUCUUAAAGCCAUCUUUAAGACUUAUCGUCCGUACUUGAGUUUCGACUUUAUCACCAAAACCCUUGGUUUUGACGAUGCCAGUUCGUGUGCUGGUUUCAUUACCCAAGAGCUAGGUGUUGCUGCUGCCAGCUUGGAAAGUGUUGAAAAAGUAGACUGUAAGGAGAUUUGGUCCCAGAUGCGUCAAUCAGGCGCUGCGGAUGCAGCCGAUCACUAG